CUGACCAGUGUAAAGGCUCUGCUGAGAAGCUACAAGUGUCUUCCAGAGACCACAUUCCCGUCUGCGGUGACUCCCUCAGCUCCAGGCCGCCGUGUGCGGAGAGACUAAUACAGCUCGGCUUUCCUCACUGAAGGCUCGUCCUGCUGGUGAACCAGUGCACCUCGCUCUCGGGACUCCAGGCUGGAGGUGAGGUUGUGAAAUCAGCUCUUUCACUUCCUUGUGAAUCUCAGUCAAGGCGUGGACCGGGCAUGAGCUCGGAGUGGCUGAGAGAAGCUCGGAGAAGCUCGUGUGAGGACCAGCGAAGCUACAGCGCAACUUCUACCCCAUAAAAGGACCCCCGUCUCCUUCUUCAGGGGACUGCAUGUUGUGGAGCUCGGCUCUGGAAAGGAACCCGAAGCGAAGUCGGUCUGUGUGUCCGUCUGUGCGGUCCUGCUGACGGAGGUGCUCCUCAGAUCCUGGUGAUGAUCAGCAUGCUUUGAGGAACAGUGACUCUUAUUUUCCUCGGCCUGCACACAGGACUGCAGACACGGAGAUGCUAUUCGGGGCACAGGCAUUGUUAGCAUGCAUCUGGAUCCAGAUACAUGUGACCUCAAGCUUGGAAACCUGUCCUGUAAUUCCACGGAAGGCUGUGGAUUUUACCGUUACCUAUUCUCCGCAAUAUUUCCAGACGUUGAAACCCAUACAGAACAUAGAAGUCAACACAGACCGGUCUGAGAUAUAUGUAGCAUCUCAGAAUGUGAUUGAAACACUGAACUCCAGUCUUGAGAAGAUAUGGGAGUUGCGAACGGGUCCUGUUGGCAGCUCGGAGUGUCAGACAUGCCAUUGUGAUAUCAAGACUGAUCCCAAUGCGCCAGUGGACACGGACAACCAAGUACUUCUUUUGGAUCCCUCACCUGUCCUUCCAUUUUUAUAUAUUUGUGGGAGCAAUCAGUACGGGAUCUGCACCUUUCUGGAUCUUGAUCAAGAACCACUUUCUGAACCCAAGUGUCUCUUCAGGCAAGCAGAUAACUCUCCUUUUGAUUGUCCUGACUGCAUCGCUAGUCCACUAGGUACAAAAGUCAACAUUGCGGAAGAAGGCCAGACAUCUUACUUCUUUGUAGCGGCGACUAUCAACAGCACGAUUGCAGCAAAUUAUGGCCGACGUUCCAUCUCUAUGCGACGCUUGCUUUCCACAGAGGAUGGAUUCGACACCCACGUCAAGGGUCUUACGGUGCUUCCUGAGUUCCAGGACUCUUUCCCCGUUGAGUACAUCUACACCUUCUCCACACUAGGCUUCACUUACUUCCUCUCCGUCCAGAGAGAGCACCCUCUGAAAAGGACCUCCAGGCUCCAGACUCAUCUGGGGCGGCUUCCGACUGGAGACAGUGAAGCCUGGAUGUACCGGGAGAUCAUAUUGGAAUGCCAUUUUAGGCCCAAACGAAAGAAGAGAAGCGCUGAGAACAUCAUCUACAACGCAGCCCAGGCAGCCUAUUUCAACAUAGCAGAAGAGGACCUGGUGCAGGAGCUAGGCAUGAAUAAUAAGAGUGGAGUUCUCUACGUGGUGUUUGCUAUUACAGAUGAUGCAGGGAAUCCUACCAGCAAGUCUGCCCUCUGUGCGUUUCCCAUGGAUAACGUGAACUUUGUCAUUAAGCAAGGUGUGGAUGCCUGCUGCUCACCCAGAUCAGGACGACUCUCCCGAGGAUUGUGUCACUUUCAGCCCUGCGAGAGCUGUCCUCACGAGGGGCCAGAGAAUAAACGAUUGUGUGAAGCUGUGCCCACCAUGGUGGCAAUGCCCCAUGUCAGAACUGACUUCUUCAACGGCCAAAUGAGAGAGCUACUGACCUCUAUUCUGGUCACCACCAUCGGUGCUGACACUGUGGCCCACAUUGGCACUGAACGAGGGAGACUUCUACAGGUCAUCCUAAGAAGGUCCAGCCCCGUGGUGUUUGCCAACUAUUCUCUCGUGGGAGAGGAGGAGAGGGUUUCCCGCAUUGCUGCUAAUCGAUCGGAGGAGUCUUUACUCUUUGUGGUUGGAAACAAGCUUAUCAGCGUGUCUCCUAGAGGUCCAGGAUGUGCUCAUUUCCUGACUUGUUCAGAGUGUUUGAGGGCUCCGUGGUUUAUGGGCUGUGGUUGGUGUGAAGGGGCCUGUUCUCAACUGGCCGAGUGCCAGGGACAGUGGACAAACCGCACCUGCCCCCCGUCCAUCACCCAGUUUUUCCCAAAGACGGCGCCCCCUGAUGGUGAGACUGAGCUCACGCUGUGUGGCUGGGACUUCCAGUCUCCUACAAAACCUGCCAUGACUCCAACUACUCACCAAGUUAGAGUGGGAGGGACCAGCUGCACCAUAAUACAAAAGAAGAGUAACAGCAACCAGCUGGUAUGCAGCAUCCUUCCUCAGGCCUCGGAUGUGGAGCAGAACGUGGAGAUCAGUGUGGGUGUGGAGGAGAGAGCAGUAGAGCGCAGUUACUCCAUCUCUGGAAAAGCAAACAUAUCAGGCUUCAGCUUCGUGACUCCAGAAAUCACAGACAUCAGUCCUGGCUAUGGGCCCAAGAUUGGAGGUAGUAGGAUCACACUAUCAGGAAAACAUCUGGACGCUGGGCAAGCUAGGGAAGUCCGUCUUGGGAACAAGAUUUGCCCAAUUGAAAGUGUGUCAACCAACGGGACCUCUCUAGUCUUCGUGUCUGAGGGGGUGGAGGACGUAGCAGAAGUGAACGUGACACUUUUGAUUGACAAAUCAACUGUGUUUGCAGCCCAACAGUUCAGUUACAGGGAAAACCCUGUGGUGACGGAGGUGAAGCCCACCUGCAGCUUUAACAAAGGGUCCAAAAUCAUCAUCAUGGGGCAGAAUCUGGACACACCCUCCCAGACGACAAUCUACUAUAAACCCAAGAACUCAAAUCCUGUCCAAAGUGUGUGUGUGGGUCCUGUUAGCCCCACACAGAUGGAGUGUGUGAGUCCAGCGUGUGAGGAUUCUGACGGUGUCCUCUCCGUGGACAUGGAUGGAGCUAAGGAUCUUUAUUCUCAGCCUUUCAGCUGCCACCCGAACGGCCGACCCAUUCUUUUUGGGCAUGAAGACCAUGUGUUCCUGCUGGAGCAUGGACAGACUAAAGUUUCGGUGCAUCACAUGCAACUGAGCCUGGUGAGCCAUUGCAUGGACAUUGUCAUGACAAUAGAUGGAGUGGACUGCAACGCCCAAGUUCUGAGCAACGAGAUCAUCUGCAGAAUCCCCAAGAACGUCACCAUCCCCAGCAAGGGGGCGCCAGUCAGGGUUUCCAUCAAUGGGGAAACGUAUGAAAUUGGCCGAGUGAUGUACUUCACAAACAACUCCACAGUUGGCAUUUUGCUGGGUAUACUGGCAGCACUGGCUGUAGGCGCUGCUUUAGCGUGUGCAGUAAUGAUUCAUUUGCGCAAGAGGAAGAAAGCAAUGCAAGCAGAGGCUCGGCUGUCACGGUAUUCCGCUCGGAACGGGAUAGGCCCGGAUAUGUCACCUGUAGGAGACUACAGACGAGAACUGUCCCAUGGUAGCUCGCAUAGCUCCGGCAUGGCGUUCUCUGGGCUGGCGUACGCGGGCCCUCUAGAUCCUUCUGCUAUUCCUCUGGUGUCUCCUCAGAGGUUCUCCGUGUCAGCGCUGCGGCCUGAGCUGCUGGAGGAGGUGAAGGACGUGUUAAUCUCUCCUGAGAAGCUCAAAGUCCAGCAGGACCAGAUCAUCGGCAAGGGUCAUUUUGGGACAGUGUACCAUGGCUACUUUACUGACAGUAGCAACCGUGAAACCCACUGCGCAGUGAAGUCGCUGAACAGAAUAACAGAAGUAGAGGAGGUGGAGCUGUUCCUGAGAGAGGGCAUCCUGAUGAAAGCCUUCCACCACCCUCAUGUGCUGUCACUGCUGGGUAUACUGCUUCCUGCUGAUGGUCUCCCCAUGGUAGUCCUGCCAUACAUGAAACAUGGAGAUCUCCGACACUUCAUCCGCUCUAAAGAAAGGAGCCCCACAGUGAAGGACUUGAUUGGCUUUGGGCUUCAGGUUGCUAAAGGAAUGGAGUAUUUGGCAAUGAAGAAGUUUGUGCACAGAGACCUGGCAGCACGAAACUGCAUGCUGGAUGAGACGUUUACGGUGAAGGUGGCUGACUUUGGCAUGGCACGGGACGUCUUCGAUAAAGAGUACUACAGCAUUCAGGACCAUAAAAGAGCCAAACUUCCUAUUAAAUGGAUGGCCAUAGAGAGUUUACAGACCCAGAAAUUUACCACCAAAUCUGACGUGUGGUCAUUUGCUGUCUUAAUGUGGGAGAUGCUGACCAGAGGAGCCAGUCCGUAUCCUGAUGUGGACCCCUACGACAUGACUCCGUAUCUGUUACAGGGACGGCGGCUGCCACAGCCUCAGUACUGCCUCGACUCCCUGUGGUGUAUCCUACUGCAAUGCUGGAACCCAGAGCCUGACUUCAGGCCGACUUUCUCCAUGCUGGUGCAGGAUUUGCAGGACAUCCACUCGUCACUGGAGGGUGAACAUUACGUCAACCUGCAGGUCACUUACGUCAACCUGCAGCAAGCCCGGCCGUACCCGUCCAUCGCCUCUGCCACGCCUGCGCUGAUCGAAGGCAACAGUACUGAAACGCUGGACCGGCUGGAUGCCACUGUGGACCUCUAACCUGCAACCAUUUAGAUAACUGAGACCUACAGCAGGACAGGGAAUGUCAGCCCAGAUGAACAGUUCUAGUCCUGUUUUGGAGGAAACCCAAACCAAAGCAUGUGGCAGCACACGAGUUUACAGUUUGCGUAAAUAUGCUCGAGCGUGGCCUUCAAACCGCCGCUGAAGCAGGAACACGGUACCGUAUUUCCUCUCAGGUUUGCUCUAGUCUUUCUGGACUAGACGUUGACUUUUCUACGAUGAUGCGGUUAUUUGAACUGAACUGCAACUUUUUUAUUUUGACUGUUUUAAAUCAUUUUUGUACUCAUCUUCAUCCCACAGGAUGUUUUUGUUUAUUCUUGAAAGGCAUGUUUGAUUUGAUGUACAGCUCUUGAAGUUCUCUCAGAAUGUCAUGUCUACUGUUCGGUCUUUGUGGAUUCUGUUCCAGUAGCAAAUAUUUUUACCCAUUUCAAGUUAUAUAAUACGUUUAGGGGCAAUUUAACUGAGGGCAAUUUAAUAGGGGCAAUUUUUUUGGCAAUAAGAAGUGCCAGUGCUGGGUUGGAUGGCUGUUUCAGUUACUUAAGAAAGAACAUGAACAUGAGCCAAAUUAAACCAAGUUUAUUAAAUAAGUUUAACAGUCCGACCACCUCGAGAUGUAGUUUGAGUGAUCUGAUCGUAGCCCGCUCACAAUGCGCUUCAAGAGUGUUUACACCUGGCUUUUUAUGAAUAUCACGUGAAAUCCAAAUGUGGUCCAGUCACCAGAAACGCUUGUGAUUGCGAGGUGGAAGAUCUGGGAACCUCUCUAGUGCAGAUGAGUCAUUGUAUAAAAUGUGCAGAAGGACUUGUUGCAGUGUGGGUUGUGCUUUGAACCCCAUGCUGGAUGUAUCUGAUGAUUGAUGGUUUAAAGAGACCAGAAGCUUGGUGAAGGAAAGGUCUUCCAAAGGUGUGAGAGAAUUAUCUACUGUUGUCAUAUCAGUAUAUCAGUAUCUUCAUCAGUGUAAUGUUGAUUAUGAUUUGAGGCCUAAACAUCAAGCCAGCUCUUCUUUUCAAGGCUGUGCGCAUGGUGUUAAUAUGUAAAGACGUAUGACGAGGUAUGACAAACUUGCGAAAUCUGAUCUGAUGGCUCUGAAUUUUGAAUUAUUUCAGGAUUUGCAGAUUUUUUGCAAGUUUUUUUUCCCUCCUGUCUCAUUAAUGCUACUCUUUGAAUUUGAACAAAAAAAAGCUUAUAGUGCAACUUUGACCUGAGCUCCACUGAAAAAAGUGGGUCUCAGGAACGGAAAGAAGAAAGUAAUAUGCGCUCAUUCUGUACAACCUCAGAUCUGAGCUUCACCAAAAGUGCCAGUAUCAGAUCAAUGUUUUCUUGAUGCUUGAAAGAUUAAGGAUCUCCAUGCACUGCACUUUUUUGUGUUCUCCCUCCUCCAGUGCGCCUGAAUCAGUUCAUGAAGGGAUCAAUAAUAACAGGAUGAGCUGAAUCAGGUGUGCUGUAGAAAGGAAAACACAAAACACCUGGCCUGUCCCAAACACACUGUUUUGUGGACGAGUUUGUGGGUUUCCUGUGCUUUCCUCUAAAAUUAUACAUAUUACUCAAUAUAUUCAAAAUUGGGAAUCACUUGCUCAACAAACUUGUUGACAUAUGUGCAGUUCUAAAUAAAGAGGAUGUUGAUUAAAAUGUUGAUAUAAAUGAUACCAAAUACCAAAUAAAUGAUACACAAAUACCAAAAGGUAUUUAGAUUUUAAAUUCAAUAUUUCAGGAAUUCUGUGAAAAAUCUGUUGCUAAAUGAUAAAUAAUACGUUGUCGGUUUCUCUUUAAAUUAGAUUUUUCUUCAAGAUUCCUUUCAUAUCCACUUUUGAAUUUAGGUGAAAAAAAAUUUUUUUUUGAAAAAAAAAAAAAAUCCAUUAUUCUGUUUUUAAGAUGUAAUUAAAGUCAUGCCAUGGAUGAAUUCUAAAAAAAUUGUGUUUUAGGCCAACAAGUCUAAAUUGGCAAGUUUCUUUACUACUGAAGGUCUGAGUCGUUUCCUCAGUCGUAUUCUAAUCAUAUGCAGCUCUGUCCAUCCUUCUUUAUACGUUUACAUUUCUAAUUUACAGCUUUCUAGUGUUUGAAACCUGUGAAACUGUAUCAGAACUAUUUUAUGCACUUAUCAACCACAAUUGCAACCAUUAUUGGUUUUAUAUUGAAAGCAAUGAUUCAGUAGCAUAUGCCCAGUGCUUCAAUGCAUUGGUCACUUCCUGACACAAUGUUUUGAAAUUAAUAUGGCAAGAAUGCCGACGAUCACGCGUCCGGCACAGAUAUGGUACAUAUGUGUGUCUUGACGAGUGCUUGUGCAGUAGGUCACGUUAGGGUGGUUGUAAGUGCUUUAAAUGCCCAAUAAACAAAAGAACAAACAUGAAGAUGAAGCGAGGAAGCCUUUUGCAACAUCCUACUAUGUUCUCUUAUAUAACUCCGAAUGUAUUAAACGAUCAGACAGAUUCAGAAUGUAUAUGUGAAAUGAUCAUGUUAGAUUUAUGAAAUAAUAAAUAAAUGGAUUUCUCAUUA